AUGCCAGCACGCCACCAUAUUAUACUGCAGGGCAACCUCAACCACUGCGCCAGGGCACAGGACCUAUUGGUCCAGGCCAUGGCGGAGUGGGGGGUUGCGGUGGCUGCUGUGGCGGAGCCAUAUUUUGUCCCCCCGCGGGGGAAUUGGGCGGGGGAUCGGGAGGAGACGGUGGCCAUAGUGGCGUCGACUGCCGGACACUCCCCCCCUCUAGUGGUGAAGGAACGCGGGUCAGGGUUCGUGGCGGCGAGGUGGGGAGAAGUCAUCCUAAUUGGGGUGUACUUCUCUCCAAACCGCACCCUGGCCCAAUUCCAGGCGUUCCUGGAGACCCUAGAGAGGGCGGUGAGGAGGGCAGCUCCGACGCCGGUGUUGGUGUUGGGGGACUUCAACGCCAAGAGCGCGGCGUGGGGUUCUCCGGUCACCAAUACCAGGGGGCCAGAGUUGGAAAAUUGGGCGGCAGUCCUAGGGCUAGCCAUCCUCAACCGGGGCCAUGCCAACAC